AUGGGGAUUUGCUGGGGUGCUCUAACUGAUAACUCAAUACCAACAAGGCCAUCUGGAUACAGGCCUUUGGAGAUAACAAUCGUCUCAGCCAGCGACCUCAAGGACGUCAAUAUGUUCUCCAAGAUGGACGUCUACGCCGCUGUUUCGGUCUCCGGCGACCCCCGCAACAAGAAGCAGGAGACGAAGACCCCCGUCGCCAAAGACGGCGGCACAAACCCUAAGUGGAACAACUACUCCAUCAAGUUCACUCUCGACGACGCCGCUUUGCUCCACAACCGCCUCACCCUCAACAUCAAGCUCGUCUCCGAGCGCAGCUUGGGCGACACCAAGAUCGGCAAAGUCCAAAUCCCCCUCAAGGAGCUCUUCGACAGCUUGGGCGGCGGCGAUGAUCAGAAGAACCAGAUCAAGCACGUCGGUUACAGCGUUCGAACUUCCAGUGGGAAGCCCAAAGGAUCCAUCAAUUUCGGGUACAAAUUUGGUGACAAGUUCACAGUUCCUGUUCCUGAGGCCCAUAAGAAAACCCAUGAGCCCGUGAUGGCUUACCCAUCUGGGCAUCCCGGGUCAAGCUCCGGGUACCCACCUGCGGCCCAUGCGGGUCCGUAUCCGCCUGCCCAAGCUUACCCGUACCCGCCGCCUGGUGGGUACCCACCACCGCCUCACCAGCAGCCGGGUUAUGGGUACGCACCACCUCCGCAGGCCGGGUACGGUUACCCGCCUCAGUCAGGAUAUGGGUACCCGCCGCAGAAGCCUAAGAGGGGAGGAGGUAACAUGGCGCUUGGCAUGGGAGCUGGACUGUUGGGUGGUUUGCUGAUUGGAGAUAUGAUUGGAGAUGUUGGUGAGAUGGGUGCCUAUGACGCUGGGUAUGAUGCUGGGUUUGGUGGUGAUGACUUUGGCGGUGGCUUUGAUUUCUAG